AUGACCGGCGCCUGUUAUAAUUGUGGUCAACGAGGUCAUAUAGCUCAUGAUUGUAAACAAGGGCCGAAAGAUAAUUCUAAAGAUAAAGAGAAGCAAUCUACUGCAGGUGGUCGAGUGUUUACACUAUCUGCUGACAAAUCUACUGCGGGUAUGGUUUCUGGUACCUUUUCUAUUGACAGUAGAGAUGCAUAUAUUUUAUUUGAUAUAGGUGCUACACACUCGAUUGUUUCUGAAAACUUUGAUGAAAAUCUUAAAUCGUAUGAACAAUCCACUGAAUUUCCAUUACAUAUUACUACUCCUAUGGGUAGUUCAGUAUGUAUAUUUCGGCAAUUCCCAAACUGUCUGUUAUUUAUUGGCGAUCGAAUUCGGGAAGUUACUUUACUACCGAUGAAGAUGUAUCACUUUGAUAUCAUCAUUGGCAUGGAUUGGGUGUCUAAACAUCGAGUGACCAUCGACUGCAAAGCCAAACAAAUCAUCUUCGGUGACGUCAAUGAACCUGAAUACGUGUUCCAUGGUGUUUCACCUGAGAAGGGAACUCGUGUUAUCUUAGAAGUAAAUGUUAAAGCAAUGGUAUGGCAAGGAUGUGAAGGAUUUUUAGCUUCAUUACAAGAUCCCGAAGAGGUAUGUCUUAAACUUGAAGAUAUUCCUAUUGUUAAUCAAUUUCAAGACGUCUUUCCAGAUGAACUUCCAGGAGUUCCUCCGGAAAGGGAAAUUGAAUUUACAAUUGAUCUUGUUCCGGGAGCUGCACCUAUCUCAAAGGCUCCGUAUCGUAUGGCUCCAACCGAAAUGAAAGAACUUAAGGAAUAA